UUGGUGAUAUCAUAGCAAAAGCACACUCAGGAAUAUGGAAAGAUCUUCAAGUCUCACUUUGGUCCCCAGUUUGUUGUGUCCAUUGCAGAUCGAGAUAUGGUUGCUCAAGUCCUCCGGGCAGAAGGUAGAGCACCACAAAGAGCUAACAUGGAAUCCUGGCAGGAAUACAGAGACUUACGAGGGAGAGCCACAGGACUGAUUUCUGCGGAGGGGGAACAAUGGCUAAAAAUGAGAAGUGUACUGAGGCAAAAAAUUCUAAAACCCAAAGAUGUGGCUGUUUACUCUGAAGGAGUCAAUGAAGUUAUCACAGAUUUAAUUAAAAGAAUCCACACCCUCAGAAGUCAAGAGGAUGAUGGGGAAACAGUGACCAAUGUUAACAACCUUUUCUUCAAGUAUUCAAUGGAAGGUGUAGCAACUGUUCUGUAUGAAUGCCGGCUGGGCUGCCUGGAAAACAACGUCCCACAGCAGACUGUUGAAUAUAUUGAGGCUCUGGAGUUGAUGUUUAGUAUGUUUAAGACCACUAUGUAUGCAGGUGCUAUUCCCAAAUGGCUUCGUCCACUUAUUCCAAAACCCUGGAGAGAGUUCUGCAGAUCCUGGGAUGGACUCUUCAAAUUUAGUCAAAUCCAUGUUGACAACAAAUUGAAGGCUAUUCAGUCUCAGCUGGACCAAGGAGAAGAAGUGAAUGGUGGGCUGCUUACGUACCUCCUAGUGAGUAAGGCACUUACUUUGGAAGAGAUCUAUGCCAAUAUGACUGAAAUGCUUCUGGCAGGAGUGGACACAACUUCUUUUACAUUGUCCUGGGCAACAUACUUGUUGGCAAAGCACUUUCAGCAGUGUGUUUAUGAAGAAAUAGUCAAUAAGCUGGGGAAAGACCAAGUUCCUGUUGCUCAUGAUGUCCCGAAAUUGCCUCUCAUUAGAGCUGUGUUGAAAGAAACCUUAAGGUUAUACCCAGUAUUGCCAGGAAAUGGAAGAGUAACCCAAAAGGACCUGAUCAUUGGAGGAUACUUGAUACCUAAAGGGACACAGCUGGCACUCUGUCAUUACACUACCUCAUACAGCGAAGAAAAUUUCUCAAUGGCAAAUGAGUUCCGACCUGAGCGAUGGCUGAGAAAGGACAAUUUGGACAGAGUAGACAAUUUUGGUUCCAUCCCCUUUGGUUAUGGCAUUCGAAGUUGCAUAGGAAAAAGAAUUGCAGAGUUGGAAAUUCAUCUUGCACUGAUUCAGUUGCUUCAGAAUUUUGAGAUCAAAGUUUCUCCCAAAACUCAACCAGUCCACGCCAAAACCCAUGGACUUUUGACUCCUGGAAAUUCCAUCAACGUGAGAUUUUCUGACAGAAAGUGA